AUUAAAAAUAUAUUCGACCCUAUGAAGCAAUGAAAUUGUAGAAAUCAGAGACUUAGAGCAUUUUUUACAGGGAAACUCUUCGUUAGAGUUUUUCAUGUCAAACUUUUUGUUUUUAGUACAAAGAUGUUUCUUUUUUGUUCAGACAUCAAGUUUACAUUGAGGGAUGAAUCCAAUAGGAGGCCGGAGACACGAUCCCGGGAUCACUUCUUGGACUGUCUUCAAGGGCCAGGAAUCCAUUAACUUGACCGUGCCAAUUUUCAAGACAUAUCCAAAAGUGCAGACUGACACCAUUACGAACAACCUCUCUUCCAAAUAUAUCAUUUCUUUCCACGAUAUCAGAGAGGAACUUCAAACAAUUACGUUAGUUUUAUUAUUUCUAUUCAGUGUCGUCAGUAAUGGAAUAGUUUUCUUGCUCUUUUAUAAGAAGCCCCUGCUCCGCACUUUCUCGAACCGAUUUGUUUUAAACCUAUCUUUAACACACUUACUGCAAACUUUGUUGAUCAUGCCUGGUUUCUUGUUGGCCGGUAUAUUUGGAGUGUGGACAUUAGGUGACACCUGGUGUCACAUUAGUGGAAUAGUCUCAACCUGUCUUAACUUAGAGACAUCGUUUUCAUUAGUAUUGAUCGCCGUGGACAGAAAUUAUGCUGUGAACAGCCCUCUACAUUAUUCUAUGACAAUAACAAAAAGGAAAACGGGUGUUCUCAUAAUAUUCACGUGGAUCCUUGCAUUUCUCAUGUCAACGCCUUUAAUCUUUGGAAUUCCGAAAAUUCGGUUUCGGAUAAACUGGAAUGCAUGCGUUCCUGUUUGGUUCCAGAGAGAUUCCUAUACUUUUGUAUAUUCAGGACUUAUUGUGAUGGCCGGAUUAGUCAUGCCUCUGGUGAAGCUCAGCUGGACCUAUUGCUCCAUGUUUCUUGCUGCUAGAACUAGUAGCGCUCGAGCACGGAAACAUAGUGUCAACACUCCUACUGUGGCAGAAGUGCAGUUUUUGGAUAGUCAAGGCAGUUGUACAGUUCACCAGCUAAAAAAGAAGCCGUAUCGUAGAAUGUCUAGUUCCAGUCAAUUCUUUUUCUUUGGAGAUGAGUGGAAAGCAGUGAGAACCGGAGUCAUUGUUUUGUUUUCUUUCAUUUUUUGUUGGGGACCAUACUUUGUCGUUAUUGGAGCUGAACCAUACAUGCAGAUUGAAAACUGGAUACCCGAAUUCAUUCCUCUUGCUACAGUUCUUUUGUCUUUCAGUGCUUGUGUCAUCAACCCCUAUAUUUACGUAUUUCGAAACAAGACCACUAGGAAACAUGCCAAACGACUUCUCCACUGUGCACGACCAGAGACGGAGAACUGUUUAUCUACGGUUAAACAGGAAAAAAAUGAAGUUCAUUCCAAUGUAGUUCCUCAUCUACGACCAUUGGGAAAUGAAGAAGACCUUGAAGAGAUUCCACAGGAGGUGACCCGGAAAAACUCAAUCCAGAACAUUGCAGAUUUUGAAACACAAAGCAUUGACCAACCAUUAUGCAGUGCAUCGGAGUCAAACACACGUUCGGUCAAUCCUUUUACAUCUCAGAAUGAUGGAACUCUUCAAUGUGAACCAUAUCAUAACAAUGGAUUUUAUAACUACGUCCCCAUUCCUCCCUCACCCGAGCGCUUCAUCGUUUUUCAGCUGCAUUGUUACCAUCGGGACUCAACAAGUAGUGACACCACAGACAAUGUAGGCACGUCUGUGGACAGCGUCGAUGACAACUUGAGUCUCUAUGGAACAAUGUUUAGCAAGCAGAAGAACUCUCGAGAAAGCACUGCAACUUUUCUUCAUAUGAAUGAAAUUGACAUCCCAGUUAAGCCACGUGCUAGGCCGCCAUUGCUACGGGCACAUUCCUUCGAGCAAGAUGAACAGGAUCCCACGAACCCCAUUCAAGGUACAUCCAAAUUCUAUAAAGGAGGAAGACGAAAACCUAUCCUUCAGCACCGUUAUCUCCUUCAGCAAUCUAGUGACAGUACCCUCACAUCCUCUCUAUCCACUGAUUCUCAGGAGUCUUCAAAUGUAACUGACAUCAAGCCACGCUGCCGAGGCCGCCCUCUGUUGGUUAGACAACAAUCUUCCAAUUUUUUGAGCUAUUAUAAGCCAUUAGAGUGUCAGACCAAAACUGAAACUUUAAGCAGAGAAGACAGUGUUUGUUACUCUAUAUGUGAUGAAAAACAGUGAGGAAGAAAACAGACAACUUAUUAAAUAUGCAUUUCCUUGAAGAAUGUUUGUGUAAAGUAUAUAAAUAUGCCCUCUGACUCAGGCUCAAAGUAGUUCCAGCUGACGUUCGUUUUUUAAAGUUACAGACAGGCGCAUUCUAAAUAGUGUGCAUCAGUACAUUUGUUUAUGAAAGAGCUUAAAUUUCUUAACAUUGAACUAAGCAGUGAGAUAUAGCUUGCCUAUUUGUUGAACAAAAAGUUGAUAUAUAUAUAUAUUGUAAGUGUUUGUAUAAAUCUUAAUUACCAAAGAGAGUUUGCAUGAAAGAAAUGAUUCCCGUGUAUUAACUUUGGAAAACAAAAUAGAAACAUGAGUAAUUUUUUUGUGUAUUGCAGCAUUAGGCUUAGUGGUAACUCUUGUAAGUUUCUUCUGAUUUUAUUUAUUUGUGCUUAUUUUUUGUAGAGCGUAAGAUCUCAUUAUAUUCUGAGAACAAAUGUCAAGCAAAACAAUGUGUCCAUCUAUGAUUACAUUAUCUGUUUGUCUUUUUUGAGUGAUGUUACUUGUGUAACAGUCUCUUCCUUUAUCUUUAUGUGGUGAAGUAUGUAAAAUCGUGUUGCACUUUACAAUAAUCAAUUAUAAUAAUGAGAAUUAUUUAAAUACUAUUUAGUUCUUGCUUUAAAUAACUUUCCUCACAUAAUCUUUUCAUCAUGCAAAGCUCUGAAUUCGAUUUAUAAAAAGUUAUCUGAUUGUUAGCCACAAGUUGUUCCGCGAUGUAUACAAUUUUCUUACAUCUUUUUUUGCUCUGAAAUUAUUGGUGUUGUAUUUAUCAUUAUAAACAGCGGGUUAUGUCUCAGAAAAUA